AUGGCCGAUAGUCCCCCUCAGUCCGAGCCAAUGGCUUCAGAAGAAGUCAAUGACGACUUCAAAAAGCCAGCCCUGCCGGUGCCCCCGGCGGAGCGAGGCCAGGUCCUGGCCAGCAAUCCUUCAAACCUGGAGGAGAUGAAGGAGGGGCCCAUGGAGCUGCAGGACCCAGAUUCCGGGGAGCCUGACGCCCCUCCGCCUCAGCCGGAAGGCGCGGAGACUAGGAGUCCGCGGGAGGGGCCGCCGCGGCAGCCACCGACGGCUGCUCCUGCUCCCGGUGGCCCCGCCCGGGCCCCGCCUUAUCGAGAGCCUCCGUGGGCCGGCCCCGCCACGGCCCCCUACAGCCUAGAGACCCUGAAGGGCGGCACCAUCCUUGGUACCCGUAGCUUGAAAGGGACCAGUUACUGCCUUUUCGGGAGGCUGUCUAGCUGCGACGUGUGCCUGGAACACCCCUCGGUGUCUCGGUACCACGCCGUGCUGCAGCACGGGGCAUCCGGUCCCGGUGGAGAAAGCGACGGCCACGGGCCGGGCUUCUACCUGUAUGACCUGGGAAGCACCCACGGCACCUUUCUCAACAAAACCCGCAUCCCACCCCGCACCUAUUGUCGGGUCCACGUUGGGCACGUCCUCCGCUUCGGCGGCAGCACCAGGCUCUUUCUUCUUCAGGGACCAGAGGAAGACCAAGAGGCAGAAUCCGAGUUGACAGUAACGCAAUUGAAGGAAUUGCGCAAGAAGCAACAAAUGAUGUUGGAGAAGAAGAUGCUGGGAGAAGACUCGGAUGAAGAUGAGGAAAUGGAUACUACUGAAACGAAGAGAAAUACCGGUGGUCAGGAGGAUGAAAUGGGCUGCACCUGGGGAAUGGGAGAAGAUGCUGUAGAGGAUGAAGCUGAAGAGAACCCCAUUGUUUUAGAAUUUCAGCAGGAAAGGGAGGCCUUUUACAUAAAGGAUCCGAAAAAAGCUCUCCAAGGCUUUUUUGAACGAGAAGGAGAAGAAUUGGAAUAUGAAUUUGAUGAGCAGGGGCAUAGCACUUGGCUCUGCAGGGUGAGGUUACCUGUGGAUGAUUCAACUGGAAAACAGCUGGUGGCAGAGGCCAUCCACUCGGGAAAGAAAAAGGAGGCGAUGAUCCAGUGCUCCCUGGAAGCUUGUCGGAUCCUCGACACCCUGGGGCUGCUGCGGCAGGAGGCCGUAUCUCGGAAAAGGAAAGCCAAGAACUGGGAAGAUGAAGACUUUUAUGAUAGUGAUGAUGACACAUUUCUUGAUCGGACUGGCCUGGUUGAGAAGAAGCGUCUGAACCGAAUGAAGAAGGCUGGGAAGAUCGAUGAGAAGCCAGAGACAUUUGAAUCAUUGGUUGCAAAGUUAAAUGAUGCUGAAAGGGAACUCUCUGAAAUUUCUGAGCGACUGAAAGCCACAAGCAAAGCUCUGUCGGAGUCCCCAGCUCAGGACUCUUUAGAUGCGUUCAUGUCGGAAAUGAGAUCGGGGAGUGCGUUAGAUGGUGUGUCCCGGAAGAAACUUCACCUGAGAACGUUUGAACUGCGGAAAGAGCAACAGAGACUUAAAGGGUUGAUAAAGAUCGUAAAGCCAGCAGAGAUUCCAGAACUAAAAAAGACUGAGAGUCACACUAUAGAUGCUGGAAACAAAGCUAAAAAGCUUGCACUGCCUCUCUUUGGUGCCAUGAAAGGAGGAAGCAAAUUCAAAUUAAAAACUGGAACAGUUGGGAAGUUACCCCCCAAGCGUCCUGAACUCCCUCCAGCUCUAAUGAGAAUGAAGGAUGAGCCUGAAGUAGAAGAGGAGGAGGAAGAGGAAGAGGAAGAGGAGCAUGAAAAGGAAGAUGAGGAAGAGAAAAAACCAGAGUCUGGAAGCUGGGGGCCACAGCAGGAGAGAGGGCCAGAAGCUGUGCAGGGAGUGAGUCUGCCCGCAGAUCUGACCUGUUCCGAAGAAACAAAACAUCAUGAAAACAUGUCUCAACUCAGCCAGGCGGGACAGAAUAAAGAUUAUCCAGAGAUCAGUGAGGCGGCUGCAUCGCACGAGGAGCCCUCAGCAUCAGAGAAUGAAUACGAGAAAAGCAGAGACGAGUUGAAGAAAAGGAAAGCUCCUGGUCCAGGCAAACCUCCCCCAGCACUUUCCUCCAAGUACCCAGAAGAUGACCCAGACUACUGUGUGUGGGUCCCGCCUGAAGGUCAAAGUGGAGAUGGCAGGACCUACCUUAAUGACAAGUAUGGCUAUUGAUGGCCGCAGAACCCUAAAGGAGGACUGUGGAGACCACGUGACGUGGGGUGUUUUUAGGAUAACAUAUCAAGCUGAAUGUCCAGAGAAGGAGCUCGGAUGACCAUUUGUAAAGUCUGGUGACUGGCCUUUUCUUCUAUACUGUUGGCUUUCUAAAUUUAUCUGCCCGUCUGAUUCUCUUGAAUUUGGGGUUUGUGUUUCAAAGUGUUUGUGUAUGUGUGUAAAAAGGAACCGUAUAUUUUGAGAAUUAGUAAAGUAAGAGACAUGACUGUGAAAAGGAAAAGG